AUGACUGUGGGCUCUGGAGAAGCAUUCAGGUAUGUAGCGGUUCAUCCUGGAGACCAUGGCUUUGAAGCCAGAAAUCCAGGAGCUCUCUUUGUGGCAUUGUCAGGAGCAAAAUCAGCUGGUGGGGAAGUAAGAGAUCCUGAUUUUGUAUUUCAUGAGGAUAUACUCAUAAACAAUGACAGAUUCAGACCAGUGGACACUCCAACCACAAGAGCUAGAGCAAUGGAGACUGCAUGUCUUAGCAACUUAGCAGCAGAGAAGGGUUUUAGUGCCAGCAUAUAAGGAGGACACCUUUCUCAGACUGCUAGAGUGGACUCAGUCACAAAGUCAUCAUUGAGACAUUGCCGAAUAAUUAGCUGGAUCAUAAGUGCCUGAUCUAUCUGUUUUUUUAAAAUACUCCAUCUGGCUAUCUCGUAAUUAGCCUCAAUAGCCAAUGAUAUGAUGGUGUUUCAUUUCAAAUGAAGGGCUGAGGGACUGUUAUUCUGUAAUCGGUCUAGGUGACUGAGGACCUUAGUGGUCAUGCAUAACAAAUGAAACGACUGUUGUGCUGUAGUCGGUCUAGGUGACUGAGCACCUUAGUGGUCAUGCAUAACAAGUGAAACAUCAUUAUAUCCUGAGGUCAUGCAUAACUAAAAUGGUUGUUAAUCUGUUUUCAGCCUGUGUGACAGAAAAGGUGAAGCAGUUAUUUUGCCGUGGCCAUCUCUAUUUAAAGAGCUACCUGUAUAGAGUACAUGUUUGUCAGGCUGUACCAUGGUAACUUUAUUAAGAAACAACCCUGUUGAAGAACAGCUAAGGAGUAUUAAAAGGUACUUAUGUCAGAUUUUUUUCUUAGCCCAGCAACACGAGCGAAGGUGGUCCUUUCAUGAUACCCCCGCCUUUUUGAGUGGCUUAUACAGGGCGAGAUCCUGUAAAGAUCUUCAUAAAAGCCUUGGGGGAACAGGAACCCAAGUUUUUCCAGCAAUUUGUCUUCUUUAA